CAAGUUUCAAAAUAGAUCUCACGAUUUGUGGCGAAUUGCCACAUCAAAUCUCAAUUCCAGAGCACCGCGUGGUGCUGAGCACGGCGGCUGUCGCUGUCCACUUUGGGGUGCUGUCAGACAGCACUAUAGUGACAGUGCCAUGAAGUUGGACAUCGACCGAGAAUUCUCGGAGGAGAUGAGGCAACUUCAAGAUCUGGGAGAUCCCAUUGAGGAGGCCACCUCAGAUGCCGAAGCCGAAGACGCAGGCGAAUCCAGUCCGGGGGACUCUCCCAAGGAGGCUGCAGAGAGCGUCAUGACGACGACAGUAAUCUUUGAUGAGGAGAACAACUUGCUGGAGUUGACACAGACAGAGCUUGUGGUCCUGAAGCAGAGUUGGGAUAUGCUCAUGGAAGCUUUGGGAGGCGAACGAGAGACUGUGGGAGAUGCCAUCUAUGGAAUUCUCACAGAACGUUUGACAAUCCUGAAGGAGAGCUUCAAGGGGCGGCCCAGAGCGAUCAUCUCCUUGAAUCUCUUCAAUGGCUUCCGCUUGCUUUGCGACAAAGCCCGUGACCCGGAGGAGUUGAAGACCCAAGUGGAGACUUUGGGUUUCAAGCACUUGGGGCACGAGAUCACUCAGCAGCGAGUGGAUGGCGUUUGUGACGCCUUCUUAGCGCUCAUGUCGCAGAACGUGGCAGAGCUGCCUCCUGGAAGCGUGAACGUUUGGCAGAAGGUGCUCAGCUACACAGGCUCAUGCUGCAGGUAUGUGACAGCGACCUAUUCCGAACGUUUGAAGAUCAUCGAGGACGACUGGAUUGAGGUCUUGGCUGCUGCGGAGUCCGACCAGCAGGCGCACGCCGGUCACGGCGCCAAGGGAGGCACCACGCCCAAGCCUGGCGCCGGCAGCACGUCGCCCAAGCCCGGCGGUGAUGGCGAGGGCAAGGCCAAGGGAGGUGAGGAGGAGGUGGCGGUCACGCGCAGCUUCGGGGCGAUGUGCAGCUUUAGCAUGGAGAUCAUUGGUUUGCAGAGUGAAGGCUGGAUGGCUGAGCUGUUGGAAGUCUUUGGCAACCUGGUGGAGAGGAUCGGAAAUCCCUCGCAUCUCAUGGAGGAGUGUGAGCUGCUGGCCAUUAGCAUGAUCCUGAAGUCCAAGUCGAAGAAGGAGAUUGGCUUUGACAUCUUCAAGCCCGUGAUGCUCACGGCGCUCCGCUCCUUGCUCCCGACCAGUUGGAGCUCCUCCCACGAGACUGCCUGGGAGUGGCUGUGGUCCACGAUCAGUCGAAACCUGCGAGAGGGCACCCAAAAGGUGCGGGUCUUCAAGCCCUACAAUUCUCAACUCUUCUCGGCACUCAAGGACCAGCAGAUGGCCUACUUCCGGGAGAAUCUCUAUGCGGACUUCUUCACCAAGUGCGCUAUGAGCCAGGAGAUUUUCAAGCAGUCGCAGACCAGGCUUCACUACAUCGCCGAUGGAGUUCUGCGCUCCUCCUAUGACAUCCUGCACAAACCCAAACAAGUCAUGGUCGAUGAGCUCUCUGCUCUGGGUUUGCGACAUGUAGGCUAUGGGAUCCCCAUUGAGCUCUUUGCUCCCUUCACCGACUCCUGCGUCCUGGUCAUCAAGCAACUCGUUGCCGAGAUGCCCAAAUCCGAGUCGAUGAAGAUUGUCGCAUGCCCCGCCGUUGGUCUGCAUCAGGCAGAAGAGCGUGACGUCCCAGAAUAUAUGAUGGUCGAGGGCUUCCGCUGGUCCAUCGGCCUCGUGGCACGUUUGCUGAUGCGGAUCAUCACCGAAGGGUCCACUGCUGUGAUGCAGGCGAUUUGUUUGGAUAAUUCUGAUCUCUUGCAGCAGGCAUUGAGGGAAGCUCCCCGGGCUCGGCGCUCAAAGUUACAGCUGCGGGUUCGCGUGGGGAGCCAGACGAUUUCUCCCUUGUACUGGGCCCUCAGGAGUGGUCGACAUACCUCAGCAAAGACGAUGCUGGAAGAUAUUCUCACCAUUCGCGCGGAUCGAGACAAAUACUACUAUGGCAACAAUGACAUCUUCAGGUACCAGCCGAACAUUGCUGCGGACUUGUUGCAAGAAGCUCCCAAGUUGGUGCAGACCUUGCUGGAUGGGUUGAUUUGGCGCUCACACAAGACACAGGAUGGACUGCGGCCGGUGAUUUACUACAUGGAGCAUCUAUUGCAAGACAUGGAUGAGAAUCAGAUGCUCUCCCGAGCCUUGUUGAGCUUCAUGCACUUCAAGGAUCCAAAGGUCAUUGUCCACCCCAUCCUGAUGUUUGUGCUGGAUUUGCUCUGGGAGAAACUGAUCCUGCGAUUCUUUGUGUCGGACCAAAUCUUCCGAGCGGUGAACUUCAUCAUCUACCUCUUUGCCGCCUGUUUCUUUAAUACCGAUGAAGCAAUUGCAGAUCCGGUGAUGUCCAAAAUGCUGGCUGCUUCGCGGCUUUUGGUCUACAUCCUGGGCUUCGGCUAUUUGUUGACUACCAACAUCCGUGAACUCUGGAAGCACAUGAGCAGCCUUGAGGAGGAUCACCGGCGACUUGGCGCAUGUCGAAAGUGUCCUGAAUUCUUGAAGAAGACCUCUGGUGUCCUCAGCUUCUUGUUGAUGAUGAACCUUGCAGUGAUGCUCACAGUCGAACCCUUGCUCCAUUGCUUCGGGAAGACGGAGGGAUGGAUCUCCUUUACCUGCGAUGCCUGGACCGACCACAUGCAUUUGGUCCACGAGAUUUGUUUGGUGCUCGGAAUCUUCUUGUAUGUGCUGUUGAUCUUUGGUAUUGGCAGCAAUAUCUCCAUCACGCUCUCAGAGUACCGCGUCUUGUGUCUGCGUGCUGGGAAGCAGGUGAUGCUUUGCAUGAGUGUGGUGACAUUGGUGAUUUUCACCUUCGGCUUCUGUAUCACUGCGAUGACCCGUGAGGUCGCGAUCGUGGGCACCCACGAAUGGGAUGGUGUGGGAUCCACCAUCACUCAUUUGCUGCAGCUCACCGUGGGCAUUCUGGACUUGGAAGACUUGACUGGAAUCUCUGCCAAGAGCCCUUCCCUCUUCGUGGUGAUUGCAGGCUUCUUGCUGCUGGUCUACAGCUUUCUCUUUAACUUGCUGGUCUCGUGA